CCUGUGUGUGAUCGUGGCUCUGAGAAAUGGCGGAAUCUUCGACCCAAAGAGAGGAUUCUUUCACUUGUCCAGUUUGUCUGGAUCUAAUGAAGGAUCCAGUUGCCGUUCCAUGUGGACACACUUAUUGUCUGGGCUGUAUUAAAGGUUGCUGGGAUCAGGAAGAUGGUAAAGGCAUGUACAGCUGCCCCCAGUGCAGACAGACAUUUAGGCCAAGACCUGUUCUCAGUAGAAACAUUCUGAUUGCUGAAAUAGUGGAGGAAUUUAGGAAGACCAGAAUCCAAACUGAUGUUCCUGCUCACUGUUAUGCUGGACCUGGAGAUGUGGAGUGUGACGUCUGCACUGGGAGAAAACUCAAAGCUGUGAAGUCCUGUCUGGAUUGUCUGUUGUCUUACUGUGAAACUCACUUCAAAGUUCACAAUGAACUUUUUCCUGGACGACACUCAGUGAUUGAUGCCACAGGCCAACUACAGGAGAGGAUCUGCUCUCAUCAUAAGAAGGUUUUUGAAAUAUUUUGUCGAACGGAUCAGAGUUGUAUCUGCUAUCUGUGCACGAUGGACGAACAUAAAGGCCAUGACACAGUCACUGCUGCAGCAGAACGGACACACAAACAGAGGCAGUUGGGGCAGACCCAGAGGAGAUUCCAGCAGAGAAUCCAGGAGAGAGAGAAGGAGCUGCAGGAGCUGAGGAAGGCUGUGGAGACUCUCAAGAUGAGAACUGACCACAUAAGACAACACUCUGCACAGAAAGCAGUGGAGGACAGUGAGAGGAUCUUCACUGAGAUGAUCCGCUCCAUUGAGAGAAGGCGCUCUAGGGUGAAAGAGCUGAUCAGAGAUCAGGAGAAGGCUGAGGUGAGUCGGGCUGAAGACCUCCUGAAGCGACUGGAGCAGGAGAUUGCUGAGCUGAAGAGGAGAGAUGCUGAGCUGGAGCAGCUUUCACACACAGAGGAUCACAUCCAUUUCCUCAAGAAUGUCCUGUCAAUCAGAGACUCUCCUCACUCCUCGCCCAGCAUGACCUUCAACCAAAGCUUCUCUUUUGAGGCUGUGAAGGAAUCUGUCUCUGGAGUGAAGGUGCAGCUGGAUGACAUCUUCAGGCAGGAAGUAGUCAAGAUAUCUGCAGCAGGUGGAUAAACAUGUAGAACUGACUCAAUGAUGAAUUCCUUAUUUCACAGUUUGAGAAGACAAGGAUCCCACUUCAUUUUGAUGUAUUUUUCUGUAUCUCUCAACAGUAACGAAUAUCCAGAUCAUCCAGAGUUUAGAAUGUGAGUCUCUCUCUCGCUUUCUCUCUCUGCC